GUUCUCAUUAUCAUUUGUCGCACUAUCUGAAUAAUAAACUGACUGGAGCUGAAUAAGUGAUAAUAAUUAUAAACCUUUUUUUGGUGUUAUUUGCAAUUCAAGUGACUAAUACACAUACAUAAUUAGAACUUAAAAACUUUGUUUUGUUUAUAAAGACGAUGUAUUUUGACUUGGUAUAAGAUUAAAGACGUAUGCUUUGUGGUUAUCCAUUUGUAAGCUUUCGGUUAAUUCCUACUUCAAUUUAAGCGUUAAUUUAUAAAUAUGGUGGAAGUGAGUAAGUUUUGGUUCGAAAAGGCCUGUGGGCAUCGAGAGUGUCACAACUUAAUCCAUCCAUGGACUUAUAAGUGUAGCGAUGCGACAAUAAGCAUGCUAGCAAGUAACAUUAAAGGGGCUUACAAAUUCUAUGCCAUGGUAUACCUGAUUCAAAUCUUGAUGAAAGGCAAGAAACUGAGUAAAGACGAGAUGCUGGAACAGUUUAAGCUAUACCUUAAAUCUGGAGUAUUCGGCCUCACUGUCGGAAGCUCGUUCGUCACAUUAAACUGCAUAUUCAGGAAAUUGUUCUUCAGCGAGUUCACUUACUAUAAGACAGUAUUGCUGCCCUGCACCAUCAGUGGUCUUGCAGUGUACUGUGAACCGCCAUACAGAAGGGUGAUGGUCGUUAACCUUUUCGUUAACUUGGUAUUUGAAUAUUGGUUAAGGACACUAGAAAUGAAGGGUUGGCUCCGACGGUCCCCUGGCAGGGAAACGCUUAUCUUCAUGCUUGGAAGUGCUGUCUUCUUCUAUUUAAUGCGAAAAGAACGAGAGAAUCCGAAACGGACUCCUUUGUUUUGGUUCUUCACGCCUCCCCGAGUGUCGAAACAAGUAGGGGAGCCGGUGGAAGGCGUUGGAGGCAGGAGUCUGGCUUGUCCCCAUGCGGGGAAUUGUGUCAACUACGUGUUGAAGGGCACAGCACAGCUUUUCGGCGUCGGCUGCGCAAUGACGAUGCUCCGGCAGAUCAUCCCUAAGAUACUGACUCCGGCUAAAGCGUUCAAGUCUUUGAAGUUCUCGCAUAUGAAACUUGGCAUUUUCUUCGGAGGUUACAUAGGAAUUUAUAGGUUGAUAGUGUGCCUUCUGUGCCGCGCGCACGGGCGCGAUAGCGCGCUGUGGGCGCUGCCCGCGGGCUUCCUGGCCGGCGCGGCCUUCCGCGUGGCGCCCUCCACGCCCAUCGCGCUAGCGCCGCUCACCUCCACGCUGCAGAUCCUGGGCUCGUGGGGCUACCAGAAAGGCCUCAUCCCCGAGAACCUGCCGUUAGUGGAGCUGUUGUACUGCCUGUGCCAAGGCCUGCUUUUCCACGCGCGCGUCAUGCACGAAGACGUCUGUCCGCGCUACAUCAUCAACUUGAUGCACACCGUCACAAGUAACCGAGCCGAUGAAAUCCAGCAAGGUUUUGUACAAAAAGUUUUGAAAGCACUAUAAAGUAUGCACAAAAUUGAAAUUAUUUAUUUUUAGCGAAAUAUUACUUUAUAAUAUUAUUUAUUUAACAAUGUUAAAUUACUUAGCGAUUCUGUGAUGAUUACGUUAUUAUCUGUGGUACAGGGUUAAUUUAAAUUUGGUAUUCUGUUUUGUUGUUAUUUUGACGGUGUUUAGUAAUCUGUAUUUAUUUUAUAAGGAAUUUUGUGAGGAGCUUCAAAUAUUAGUAGAUCAUUUAAAUAUUGAUGAUACUAAUCUCUAUUUUUUUCUGUUUGAUACCAAAUGCUUUUCUCAAAAUAAGCGAUAAUUUCCAUAUUAAAUAUUAUCAAUGGUUGCCUUAUAAAGGUGAUGGUAGCAGUAAGAUUUAAGAUCAGUGGCGUACAAUAUAUGAAUUAAGGCCUGUCCUGUAAAGUUUUUUUACAUGAACACAUUAAGAUACAAAACUUUCAGAUGAGCAUAUUUUAUUUGUACCUAACUAUAUUAUUUAUAUAACCCUUGACUAGUGAUUCAUAUCUAAAUAAACCAUUUUAAUGCAUAUAAUAUUAAUAAUACACAUACGCACCCUAAUGCGAAAAUUGGUAUAAACAUAUCACAAAGUCAUAACCAUAACAAGCUCCAAGGUUCCAAAGAAGAAGGUCAAAUCAUUGCUAAGACCUAAGACCUGAAAUUGUCGACAGAAUAUCAUCGAAAUAUAUACAUAAUAAAAAGAGAAAUAAAAUGGCACCUGUUUUCAUACAAAAAAGCAUGGUAUAAAAGUAUUCAAACCCAUAUAAUUUUGCCAAGCUUUUACAAAGGGGUUUGUAUUUAGCAUUAUUAAAUGCGGGAUUUAGUGUCAUUCUUGAACUUACAGAACAAUUAACUAGUCAAUUAAAAAUAUUGGCGACAGGGGCAAAUAUAUCCGAACAUAAUGCUCGUAAUAUUUUAUAUGGGUCUUGAAGGAAGAGUAUCGCUCCUGCUCAUAUCACAAAAUGAAAUCAUUGAUAAGUGUAGUAAAUAAAGUCUUAAGAGUACCUAUACGAUAUAAUAUAUUAAAAUAUUAAAGCAAAUAAACCAGAAAUACCUACCAGUCAGCAUCAGUCCUUGUAAAAAACGACUUAACGGGACAGGCCUUAUUAUUUUAGUUAAUACCGCGUAAAACUAGUAAAGCUUCAUUUUAAGGUUUUAGGGAAACUGUAGCUACGUGGCCUACCGCUUAACUUAGAAGUAUCGUCAGGGAGUUGCACGGUAGUUCUUUAAAAGCUAAAAGAAAGUAGCUUAGUUUGGGACUAAGGGUGAACAAUUUCUGCUAACUGAGAACACCACCUAGAUGACGCAAAUACCACGAUUUGUAUUGAAACCAAGCGUGCCGACUCUUUCAUACAAAAUUUACGCAUAAUAUAAUUUUAAAAUCUGUGUUAGGAAAUAUGUUCUUGCCUUUGGGUGCUCGCAAUUUUUGCUGCAGUUAAUUAUCAUGCAACGAAGCAUUUUUGUAAGUUUUCACGGACGUCCGGCUGCAACAACUGACGCGCGUGGACUGUAAAGAGCGACGGCCAACCUCGACGUUUGGUCGGGGUUCGGACACGCGAAAUAGAUACAUUUGCGUCUUCUAUGGUAUAUUUAUUUCUGUGGAGAACACAAACCAGUUGCACACCGCCGAAUUUAACCAAAUCACAGUGAACCAUAAUAACUUCACAUUCCAUAAGAACAGUCUGAAUUGAACGGUAGACCUAUAGUGAGAGUAUCGUGUUAUGAAUGCUUUGCCACUGAUCAGUAUAGUAUAGACAAUUAUAAAUAGAUAUAAUUAUAGAGCUACAAAACAUCGAACACAUGCAAAUUUUCUCUUGUAUUGUAUUGAUUGUAAUUGACGAAUGUGCGAAACAUUGUACACUACGAAUCUAUAUCACAAAAUAUGUGUUUAUGUUAUAUUAAGUACAUAGGUACGUUUGCCUUAAAAAUUAUUUUAUUAAUUUGACCAUUGUUUAGCACUCUUUCCGAGCGUCCUAUUUCAUAAUAGAGAUUAUAUUCGUGUUAUCGCGAAAUUGAACAUAAGUAUGGAAAAACUAUUUGAAUUGCACCCUUAUUAUUAUAAGACUUAGUACUGCAAAGUUAGAUUGCUUGCUUCCAAAGUAAAUACGGUCAAGAUACCAAAUAUGUUUCGCUCCAUAACGAGGAACAUUGGCGUCGGGCCACCAACGCGAGCGCUCCUUGAAAAUGCUCCUCGUUAUGGAGCGAAACAUGUCGAGCAAUCAUCGAUUUUAUAAUCGUGAGUGACCCGGUUUAAUAUAUUAAAUAAUGGUUACAAACGACCGUAGAAACAAGAACAAUAAUGCUAUGGCAAAGAACGACCAUGUUGCUUACAUCUUCACAGGCCAUGAAGUCUGUGUACAGAUGUACUGAAUAAUCCUUUCCCAUCGUAUUUUUACGAAAAACGUUUGUAUUUAUUUGUCAUGAUACUUUUUGUACUGAGACUCAAAUAGCAUAACACGUUCGUACAUACGUAUCCGUAAAUAAACGAUGGGAAAGGAUUGUUCACUAUAUCUGUACAAUCACUAGCUUUCAUUUUACAUGUACAGUCAAGGGCAUAAAUAUAUAUACAUUCCCAAAGUUUCAAAGAUAUGUGUACGCUCUUACACAAUAAAGUCGUGUUCACAUAUUUUUGUGCCAUUUGUCUGGAUCGAUAUUUUUGCCUUCGACUGUACUCGUACAUUGCAUUUAUGACAUAUAUUUUUAAAGUACUAGAACAUGCACAAAUAAUGAAUCUAAGUAUAUUUAUUACAAUCUCCCA